UUACCAAAUUGUCUUGUUGUGUUCGAAAGAAUCAUAAAUUUUACAAUAGUUCUAGGUCAGAGUCUAUUGUUUGGGAAGCCGCGCUAGUACCACCUCGCUUAGGAAAACCUCCCACCACAAUUUCUCAAAUAUUUCCAAAGCGCACUGUUACCGUUGUCAUUUCGCCCAUCCUUCAAUUCUCCGUUCACCAGAUCAAUACUCCAAUAUGGCGGAACAACUUAUCCUCAAGGGCACCCUCGAGGGCCACAGCGGCUGGGUCACUUCUCUUGCGACUUCCCUCGAGAACCCAAACAUGCUCUUGUCUGGUUCUCGCGACAAGUCUCUCAUCAUCUGGAACUUGACCCGGGACGAGACUUCAUAUGGUUACCCAAAGAGAUCUCUCCACGGUCACUCUCACAUUGUUUCUGACUGUGUACGUUUACCCGCUCAAAAUUGGUGGCUCUUGGAAAAUGAGCGCAAUCUGCAAAUUGCAAUUGAAAGCUGAGACUUUGAUUUCUAGGUGAUCUCCUCCGACGGUGCUUACGCUCUUUCCGCAUCUUGGGACAAGACUCUCCGUCUUUGGGAGCUUGCCACUGGAACAACCACCCGCCGAUUUGUUGGACACAACAACGACGUCCUCUCCGUUUCUUUCUCUGCCGAUAACAGACAAAUUGUCUCCGGAUCCCGCGACCGUACAAUUAAGUUGUGGAACACCCUCGGUGACUGCAAGUUCACCAUCACUGAGAAGGGACACGCCGAUUGGGUUUCUUGCGUUAGAUUCAGCCCUAACCCACAAAACCCAGUCAUUGUCUCCUCUGGAUGGGACAAGCUCGUCAAGGUAAGCAUGAAUGUUCUUUAUGGUACACAAAAAUGGAGUUGUGCGAGAUUUAUAUGAUGUUUUGCAACUUAAAAGUAUUUGCUACUUCAGAGCUUGGGAGACCAAGCCAUGAGACAACUAACACCAUUGCCCUGAAAUUAUCUUCGCAUAACUCAUUUGGUACCAGAUUUUACUUGCCUGGAAUUAAUGCUAAUUUUGUUUCUUUAGGUUUGGGAGCUUAGCUCUUGCAGAUUGCAAACCGACCACAUCGGACACACCGGUUACAUUAACACCGUCACCAUCUCCCCAGACGGAUCCCUCUGCGCUUCCGGUGGAAAGGAUGGAACCACCAUGUUGUGGGACUUGAACGAGUCUAAGCACCUUUACUCUUUGAACGCUGGCGAUGAGAUCCACGCCCUCGUUUUCUCCCCUAACAGAUACUGGCUUUGCGCUGCCACCUCCAGCAGCAUCAUCAUCUUCGAUUUGGAGAAGAAGAGCAAGGUUGACGAGUUGAAGCCAGAGUUCCAAGCUGUUGGCAAGAAGAGCAGAGAGCCAGAGUGUGUCAGUUUGGCAUGGAGCGCGGAUGGACAAACUUUGUUCGCAGGUUACACAGAUAACAUCAUCCGAGCUUGGGGUGUUAUGUCGAGAGCGUAAAGGGGUGGUGUAAAGGGGCGUGUGUCAUUCAUCUUGAGGUUUUAUGGCUUUUCCGGGGUUUGUGGCUCCUUGUCAUUUGACAGGAUGUACUUCAAAAACAUGGCAUAGCAAAAGGCUCAUGGACAUGAGAAAUGCAAACAACGUAAAAAGUAAUACC